UGGUUGUUGACGUUCACAAGCAAAAUAUGGGUCAAUCUGGAUCACAAGUAUUGGGAGAUUUAGAGAGGAAUUCUAACUUCACUGCAGCUGAACUCCAGCGGCUCAAAAAGAGAUUCAUGAAGUUAGAUAGAGAUGGAAGUGGCUCAAUCGAUAAAGAUGAAUUCUUACAGAUACCGCAAGUAGCAAAUAAUCCAUUGGCACAUCGUAUGAUUGCGAUAUUCGAUGAAGAUGGCGGUGGAACUGUCGAUUUUCAGGAAUUCGUAGGAGGGUUGAGCGCAUUCAGCAAUCGAGGUGGUAAAGAUGAGAAGCUCAAGUUUGCGUUUAAAGUCUACGAUAUGGAUCGCGAUGGAUACAUCAGCAAUGGUGAACUUUACAUUGUUCUCAAAAUGAUGGUUGGUAACAACCUCCGUGAUCAGCAGCUUCAACAGAUUGUCGACAAAACAAUCAUGGAGGGCGACAAAGAUGGUGAUGGAAGAUUGUCAUUUGACGAGUUUGCCGAUAUGGUCUCAGCUACUGAUAUUCUCAAACAAAUGACACUCGAAGCAUUAUUCUAGAGCAGCAAAUAUACCAAAAGAAAUCAAAUAUUUACAUCAUACAAUACAUUUCAUUUAUAACAUAAACUAGUAGUUGGAUGGGUAGCGGUAGUCGGUUGGCUCGACAAAUGUCUCCUUAAUUGAUCUUGCGCUGACGAAUCUAGAGAAAAGUGAUGGGGCACCUGCCUUGUCGUUUGUACCGGAUGCUCUAGCACCACCGAAUGGCUGUUGACCAACGACUGCACCUGUGCACUUAUCGUUGAGGUAGAAGUUGCCAGCUGAGUUACGGAGAAUAGCUUGUCCCUUAAUGAGUGCCGCUCUGUCUCUAGCGAAGAGAGCACCAGUGAGUGCAUAUGUUGUCGUCUGGUCGACAAGCUCUGCGGUCUUUUCAUAGUCAUCGUCCUCAUAAACAUAUGCUGUGAUAACAGGACCGAAGAUUUCCUCUGUCAUGGUGACUGUCUUUGGGUUGGUAGUCAAGAUAACGGUUGGUUUAACGAAGUAACCCUCACUGUCAUCACCGGUACCACCAGCGAUAACCUUAUCACCAACCUCUUGGGCCUUCUUGAUGUAUCCUGUGAUCUUGUCAAAUGCAGGCUUGUUAAUAACUGGGCCCAUGAAGUGGUUCCAUUCUUGCACCUUUCCAACUGUGAUACUGUUAACUUGUUCGACCAACUCCUUUUCGAAGCCGUUCUUCCACAAUGAAGCUGGUACAUAGAGUCUUGAGCAUGCACUGCACUUUUGUCCUUGGUAUUCGAAUGCUGCUCUGAUAGUUUGCACCACAGUUGGCUUGAUUGGCGCUGAAUUGUGUACCAAGUGGAAGUUUUUACCACCAGUCUCACCAACAAUACGAGGGUAACCCUUGUAAAGAUCCAAGUUGUUAGAAAUGUUCUUCCAGAGGUUCUUAAAUACGUGUGUUGAUCCAGUGAAAUGUAAAGCAGCAAAGUUUGGAUUGUUGAUAGCGCGACCGACAAUCUCAGCUGGAGGACCAGGAACAAAUUGAAUGACACCCUUUGGAAGACCAGCCUCUUCAAGAAUCUGGUAGACGAUAUAGUUUGACAAUGAGGCCAUAGGUGAUGGCUUCCAAACGACAGUGUUGCCAACUAAAGCAGGUGCGGCUGGAAGAUUACCACCGAUAGCAGUAAAGUUGAAUGGUGAUACAGCCAAAACGAAUCCCUCGAGUGGUCUGCAGACUGUUGGUGCAUUCUUUGGUGGUUGUACAGCAUACAUUUCUUCGACAUACU